AUGGAGCGCGGGACAAAGUCCUGGGAUAAUUUUGACACAGAUUCAACCCCGCACCGUGAGGGAGCGCCGACACUGCCGGCGAGCCGCGGCCUCCCACCCGCGCUCCCGCCCCGGAGCCUGCGCGGCCCCGGGAAGCCGCGGGACUGCCGGGACUUGCGGCCGCCGCGAGACUACAGUUCCCAGCGACCCCCGCGCGCCGCCCGGGCCGGCUGGGAGUCACGCUGUGUUUAUCGGCGAGGCCCCGCCCCGCCGCGCGAGCGGUGGCGUCACCCUCGCGAGCCUCCCUCGCUCCCCCGUGGGCUGGUUAAUAUUCAUGAGGCGCGCGCGCGCGGGGAGCGGCGGACGGCGGCGGGAUCGCUCGCUCCUCGCCUGGCUGCCUCCCUCCCUAAUGGCGCUGGCGACAGCCGGGCAGCGGGACUGAGCCAGGCACCGGCGGAAUGCUUCCCGCGGCUGCUACGGGAGCCGGAGAGCGGCUCCCCGGGCAGGAGGACUCAGGCGGAGAGCGGCGCGGAGCCGUCGGGCGGCGGCGGGCAGCUGGACGGCAAAGCAGCCGGCGGCCCGCGGCGGCGGCGAGGGGGAGCCGGCGGCUUCGCUCCUCCCGCGGCACUGGCGGCCAGCGGGACUCCGGCGGCCCCCGGCGGGGCCGGCAGCGCUAACUCCUUGCUCCUGCGGCGGGGGAGGUUGAAGAGGAACCUCUCCGCCGCCUCCCCCUCUGCCGGCGGCGCCCCGGCCCCCUCGCUGGGCACCCGCAGCUUGGACAGGAAGGCGCUGCUGCUGCUGAAGCCGCCUCGGCAGCUGCAGCCCCUGCAGCCCCCGGAGCGGGACUGGGUGCGGCGGGACCUGCAGCGGGGCUGCGUCCACGUCUACGAGCGGCACAUGAACUGCUACCUGCGCCCGGUGCUCUGCACCCUGGAGACCACGGCGGCCGAGGUGGCCGCCCGCCUGCAGCAGCUCGGCCACCGGGGCGGCAGCAGCGUGGUGCGAGUGCUGGGCAAGGCGGGCGCCGCCGAGGCGCCGCCCGAGCCCGCGGCCGGGGGGCUGCGGCCGCAGUCGGACGAGAAGCCCAGGAGCCGGCGGGGGAUGCGGAGCGGGCUGUCCGGAGGAGGCUGCGGGGAAGCGGCGCGGCCCGACCGCCUGCCGCUGUGCAGCGGCGCCGAGGAGAGCGACUUGGCCGGCGGCCGGCCGAGCCCGGCGCCCUCCGACUUCAGCCCCGGGGCGCCGCCGGCCGAACUGUACCUUGCCGGGCCGCCGCUUUCUUGCCCUUCCCUGCUGGGGGAGCUGGGGCCGACCGGCUCCGACACCGAGAGCUUCAGCCCCAGCGCCGAGAGCGUCUCCGACCGGCUGGACCCCUACAGCAGCGGCGGCGGCGGAGGCUCGUCCUCUUCGGACGAGCUGGAGGUGGAGCCGGCGCCCCCCGACGGAGUGGAAGAAGCAGGUGCCGAGCCGGGCCGGGGCCCUCCCUGCCCGGGGGAGCUGCCCCCGGGGCGGGCAGUAGGGGUGCCGGCGGGCGCGGCCGGCGGGCGGGAGCAGCCAGCGGGGCCGCCCGCCCUGUAUGUACAGCUGCACGGGGAGACCAGCCGGCGGCUGGAGGCCCACGAGAAGCCGCUGCAGAUCCAGAACGACUACCUCUCCCAGCUGGGCUUCCGGGACCUGUGGCGGGUGCAGGAGGAGGGCAUGGACUCGGAGACCGGCUGCCUCAUCCGCUUCUACGCCGGAAAGCCCCACAGCACUGGCAGCUCCGAACGGAUUCAGCUCUCAGGAAUGUACAAUGUUCGAAAAGGGAAAAUACAUUUGCCAGUCAACAGAUGGACAAGACGCCAAGCUAUCCUUUGUGGAACAUGCCUAAUUGUCUCAUCAGUAAAAGAAAGCCAGACUGGAAAGAUGCAUGUCCUCCCUUUAAUUGGUGGAAAAGUGGAAGAAGUGAAAAAGCACCAGCACUGUUUAGCAUUUAGCUCCUCUGGACCUCAAAGCCAGACCUACUACAUUUGUUUUGAUAACUUCACUGAAUAUCUGCGAUGGCUGCGACAAGCAUCAAAGGUUGCAUCACAACGCAUCAGCUCAGUGGAUCUUUCAUGCUGCAGCUUGGAGCACCUGCCUGCCAACCUGUUUUAUAGCCAAGACCUCACUCAUCUCAAUUUAAAGCAGAACUUCCUGAGGCUAAACCCCAGCCCAUCCACAAGUGGAGCGCUUAGUGAAUUACAAAGAUUCACCAAAUUGAAGAGCCUUAACCUUUCGAAUAAUAAUUUAGGAGACUUCCCACUGGCAGUCUGCAGUAUCCCAACCCUGACUGAACUCAACGUGUCCUGCAAUGCCCUCAGAAGCAUUCCAGCAGUUGUAGGCGAAAUGCACAACUUGCAGACAUUUUUGCUGGAUGGCAACUUUCUCCAGUCCCUUCCCGAUGAAUUGGAGCAUAUUCAUCAACUCAGCUAUGUGAGUCUGUCCUUCAACGAGUUCACUGACAUUCCUGGAGUGCUGGAGAAGCUGACUGCCAUGGAUAAGCUCUGUAUGUCAGGAAACUGCAUGGAUACCCUGAACCUACAGGUGUUAAAAAGGAUGCCUCAUAUUAAGCAUGUGGAUUUAAGAUUGAAUUCAAUUAGGAGAUUGGAGGCCGAUGAAAUAGAUUUUCUGCAUCAUGUGACCCAACUGGAUCUGCGAGACAACAAACUUGGGGAGCUGGACGCAACAGUUUUUAACAACGUGGAAGUGUUACACUGUGAGCGGAAUCAGCUGGUGACCCUCAAAAUCAGUGGCUAUUUUCUCAAAGCUCUGUAUGCUUCUUGCAAUGAACUUGUUCACCUUGAUGUGUAUCCAGUUCCUAAUUGCCUGACUUACAUGGAUAUUUCUAGAAAUCACCUGGAAAACCUGCCUGAGUGGGUGUGUGACAGUAGGAAACUGGAAGUGUUGGAUGUUGGCCACAAUCAGAUACAUGAGCUGCCUGCCCGGUUGUUUUACAAUAGUAGCUUGCGGAAGCUGCUGGCAGGACACAACAUGUUGGGAAGGCUCCCAGAUCGGCUCGAGCGAAUGCAGGUGGAGGUCCUGGACGUGCAGCACAACCAGCUCCUGGAACUGCCAUCCAACCUGCUUUUGAAAGCAGACAGCCUGAGAUUUCUUAAUGCCUCUGCCAACAAACUGGAAAUGCUUCCUCCAGCCACCCUUUCUGAAGAAACCCAUAGCAUCUUGCAGGAGUUGUAUUUGACCAAUAACAACCUCACAGAUAAAUGUGUACCCUUGUUAACAGGCCACCCACACCUGAAAAUCUUGCACAUGGCUUACAAUCGCCUACAGAGCUUCCCUGCAAGCAAAAUGGCCAAGCUGGAAGAGUUGGAGGAAAUCGAUAUUAGUGGGAACAAACUGAAAGCCAUUCCAACAACCAUCAUGAACUGCAGACGUAUGCAUACUGUAAUUGCUCACUCCAACUGCAUUGAAGUCUUCCCAGAAGUCAUGCAGCUUUCUGAAAUAAAGUGUGUGGACUUAAGCUGCAAUGAACUGAGUGAAGUCACAUUGCCUGAAAACCUGCCUCCAAAACUGCAGGAGCUGGACCUGACUGGAAAUCCCAGAUUAGCCCUGGAUCACAAAACGCUAGAGCUUCUGAACAAUAUCCGGUGCUUCAAGAUCGACCAGCCGUCAGCGGGCGACGCGUCGGGAGCGCCGGCGGUGUGGAGCCACGGCUACACGGAGGCGUCCGGCGUUAAGAACAAGCUGUGCGUGGCAGCACUUUCGGCCAACAACUUCUGCGACAACCGGGAGGCCCUUUAUGGUGUGUUUGAUGGGGACCGCAAUGUGGAGGUGCCCUAUCUGCUGCAGUGCACGAUGAGUGACAUCCUGGCAGAAGAGCUGCAGAAAACAAAGAAUGAGGAGGAAUACAUGAUCAACACGUUCAUUGUUAUGCAGAGGAAACUUGGAACAGCUGGACAGAAACUUGGAGGCUCUGCUGUCCUUUGCCAUAUAAAACAUGAUCCCAUGGACCCUGGUGGAUGCUUCACGCUAACCUCAGCAAAUGUGGGGAAGUGCCAAACCGUUCUCUGCCGGAAUGGAAAACCUCUGCCUUUGUCCAGGUGUUACAUGAUGAGCUGUGAAGAAGAGCUGAAGAGGAUUAAGCAGCAUAAGGCCAUUAUCACAGAGGAUGGCAAAGUGAAUGGUGUGACAGAUUCAACAAGAAUCCUGGGAUACACCUUCCUUCACCCAAGUGUUGUGCCGCGUCCUCACGUCCAGUCCAUCACCUUAACUCCACAAGAUGAGUUCUUCAUUCUGGGGAGCAAGGGGCUGUGGGACAGCCUCUCGAUGGAUGAAGCAGUCGAGGCCGUCAGAAACGUGCCUGAUGCGCUGGCGGCCGCCAAGAAGCUUUGCACUUUGGCCCAGAGUUACGGCUGCAACGACAGCAUCAGCGCCGUCGUGGUUCAGCUCAACGUGACGGAGGACAGCUUCUGCUGCUGUGAGCUCAACGGGGUCCCGCCCCCCAGCCCAGGCAUCUUCCCCCAGUCUGUCAACGUGGUCAUCAAGGACAGGCCCACGGACGCGCUCGGGAUGCCGUCUUCGAGCAGCGGCAUGGCUUCCGAAAUCAGCAGCGAGAUCUCCACCUCGGAAAUGAGCAGCGAGGUGGGGUCCACGGCCUCGGACGAGCCUCCCCAGGUGGCCAUGAACGAGAACAGCCCGGCGUACCCGGGGGAGCAGCGCUGCAUGCUGCACCCCGUCUGCCUGUCCAACUCUUUCCAGCGGCAGCUCUCCAGCGCCACCUUCUCCAGCGCCUUCUCCGACAACGGCCUUGACAGCGACGAUGAGGAGCCCAUCGAGGGGGUGUUCACCAACGGCAGCCGCGUGGAGGUGGAGGUGGACAUCCACUGCAGCCGAGCGAAGGAGAAGCAGCUUCUCCAAGUGCCAGUGGAAGCCAGUGACGAAGGGAUCGUCAUCAGUGCCAAUGAAGAUGAGCCCGGCCUUCCCAGGAAAGCUGAAUAUUCUGCCACGGGCACAAUAGGGCGGCGGCGGGGCAACGGCUCCGUGGCACCACACGAGAGGAGCCAUAACUUAAUUGAAGUUGCAACGGAUGCGCCUCUCAGAAAAACCGGGGGCUACUUUGCUGCUCCAGCACAACCUGAUCCUGAUGACCAGUUCAUCAUCCCACCAGAGCUCGAAGAAGAAGUCAAGGAGAUUAUGAAGCAGCACCAGGAGCAACAACAGCAGCAGCAGAAGCAGUAUCCGAUGGACCACCUGGCAGACUAUUAUGACACACCACUAUGACCCACUCUAUUUACUGCUCAGAAAUAAACUAACAAAUAAGGAGACUUGACUGUGAGACCCAGUGGGCUUGCAUUACAGCAGGGGUUUUCCUUUUCCUUUAUAUACUUCCUUUUCCUUAUCCUGCCACUACAGAUAACUGCAGCUUUUCAGUUUGUUAGGUUUAAUAUUCAUUGACUUUCUUCUAGAGACGCUUGACUGGUAAAGUUUAAAAUAGUUAACCCUCCCUUAACAUAUCAAGUGUAAAAACAGGAAAACAAAACAAAAAAUAAUAAAAAGGUUUAAUAUAUUGCUGAGAAACAGAUGAUGAUGUAAUAUUUUUUAAAAUGGCUUGUUUGUUUUGUUUGAAAAGCAGGGCAGUAGCCAGUGCUAAAUGAUUUAAGUAAUAUUGUAAUACUGUAUUUCUUUGAGAGAAAAGGCUUUUUUUGGUCUUGAAAAUGAUAGACAUUUGUAGAAUAUGGAGACUAACUCCUAGGAGUUGCUUUACUCUUUCAGGUGACUUAAGUCACUGAGAUUCACUAAUUUUCUCUGAGAGAACAGUUGAUUGGGAAAUUCCUGUAAAUAGCUCAGUGUUGUAUAGUGAUGCUUACAUGUUUUGUAGCCUUGGCAUUAAGGACACAACCUGAAAAACUGACCUUUUUUCUUAAGCGACUCUUUGGGCCAUGGUCAUUAAGCGUAAUGGACUGUGUGGCUGUGUACAAGUUAGCUAGAGCCCAGGUGGUGUAGACUGUUCAAAGAAACCCACUUUUUCCUCCGGUCUCUUUCUUUCCUUACUUUUACAGACACGUUUUGUUUGUGUUCCUUACUGCUGCCACAACCAGCAUGAUUGUAUAGAGCUCAUUUGCUGUAGAACAUUUACAUACCGAGAGUUAUAUUAAAGCCGAAUGCACAAAUGAACAUGUCAUAAUUUUUGUUAUAAUAAAUAUAAAAUUUACACCUGA